ACAGACGCUAAGAGCUACUUGCUAAAAACGAAACCUAACUGCGGAAGAGGGGAAGAAAGAAAACAAAACACUUGACUGCUUUAAAUUGAGAAUUUCGCUCUGUUGUGAGAAAUUGCGAGAAACGCUGACUGUGUCAACAGCUGAACCGACUGCGUAUUUUUGUGUGCGAGGCGGGCCUUUUCGUGCCAACAACACCUGAGCCAGUUUCACAGCUCGACCUAGCCAAUGUGUCAUUUAUUUACCUACUUUUCAAAGAGCAUGUCCUCUUUGAGAUCUUUCUCCUUUUUCGCCUAGUCGAGAAUGGAGAACAUCCACAGCUGGAGGGGACGUGUUGUGCUGGAAUGGAGAACGUCACAUCUGCCCGUCGCUGAUUGGUCCACUCAGCUGCCUGUUUGCUGUGGCUUGCUCCGCCCUGGGAAUUUGAUCCGCCGGAAGGUCGCCAGACUCAAUCGCUGGAACAGCGACUGUAGCGGCGGUUGCAGCGACUCAACAUUGACGCUGUUCUCCCGCGAUGGCCCACUUCGAUACAGAGUACCAGCGCUUGGAGGCCUCAUACAGCGACUCCCCGCCAGGCGAGGAGAACCUGCUGAUGCACGUCACAGAAGGCACUAAAUCUCACUGGCACCACAUUGAGAACCUGGACUUGUUCUUCCAGCGAGUUUAUAAUUUGCAUCAGAAGAAUGGUUUCACGUGUAUGCUCUUGGGAGAGAUCUUCGAGCUGGUUCAGUUGCUGUUCGUGGUGGGCUUUACAGUGUUCCUCGCCAACUGCGUGGACUACGACAUCCUUUUCGCCAACAAGUUUGUGAACCACACAGAUUCGUCCAAGGUCACUUUGCCCGAUGCUUUUGUGCCCUUGGACGUCUGCAGCGCACGAAUUGGAGACAAUGCAUUUGUCAUGUUUGUGCUGAUAAUCUCUGGGGUGUUUUGGCUUCAUCGCCUGGUGAAAUUCAUCUACAACGUCUGCUGCUACUGGGAGAUCCGAUCCUUCUAUAUAAAUGCACUGAAGAUGACAAUGUCGGAGCUUCCGUAUGCAACAUGGCAGGAGGUUCAGGCCAGGAUAGUAGAGAUCCAAAAGGAACACCAGAUCUGCAUUCAUAAGAAAGAGCUGACCGAGCUUGACAUUUACCACCGCAUCCUCCGCUUCAAAAAUUACAUGGUUGCCAUGGUGAACAAAUCUCUGCUUCCUGUGCGCUUUCAACUUCCUCUACUGGGAGAUGUUGUGUUCUUUACGCGGGGCCUCAAGUACAAUUUCGAACUCAUCUUCUUUUGGGGACCAGGCUCGUUGUUUGAGAAUGAAUGGAGUCUAAAGUCUGAGUACAAGCGAGGAGGAAACCGCCUGGAGUUGGCCGACAGAUUGGCGUCACGUAUACUGUGGAUUGGAGUUGCCAAUCUCCUCUUGUGUCCCGUCAUCCUAGUGUGGCAGAUUCUCUACGCUUUCUUUAGCUACACAGAGGUGAUCAAGCGAGAGCCAGGUUCUCUCGGAGCUCGAUGCUGGUCUUUGUACGGUCGAUGUUACCUGCGCCACUUCAAUGAAUUGGAUCACGAGCUCAUGUCCAGACUCAGCAAAGGCUACAAGGCCGCUUCCAAGUACAUGAAUUGUUUCCUAUCUCCUCUCCUGACCGUGGUGGCAAAAAAUGUGGCCUUUUUUGCCGGCUCCCUCCUGGCUGUCCUAAUUGCGUUGACCAUCUAUGACGAGGACGUGCUCGCUGUUGAGCACGUCUUGUCGUCGAUCACGUUGCUGGGAGUGUGCAUCACGGUCUGCAGGUCAUUUAUCCCUGAUAAGCAUAUGGUGUUUUGUCCCGAGCAGCUUUUGCGUGUCAUCCUGGCUCAUAUACAUUAUAUGCCUGACCACUGGCAGGGCAACGCUCACAGAUAUGAGACUCGAGACCAGUUUUCGCAGGUCUUCCAGUACAAAGCUGUGUUUAUCCUAGAGGAGCUGCUGAGUCCAGUCGUCACACCUAUCAUCCUCAUCUUCUGCCUGAGAAGAAAAUCGCUGGAGAUUAUUGACUUUUUUAGGAAUUUUACAGUGGAGGUAGUGGGUGUGGGAGACACUUGCUCCUUUGCCCAGAUGGACAUAAGACAACAUGGGCACCCUGCGUGGAUGUCUGAGGGCAAGACUGAGGCAUCCAUUUACCAGCAGGCGGAGGACGGAAAGACUGAGUUGUCACUGAUGCACUUUGCCAUCACAAACCCGCAGUGGCAGCCUCCCCGUGAGACCACACACUUCAUCAGCCAGCUGAAGGAAAGAGUUCAGCGAGAGGCCACCGGAGCUUCCUCAGACACUCAUCCGCUUUCUGAAUCUGAGCCGAGGAGCCUGAUUGCCAAUCUGCUGGUGGCGCCGUCCACUGUGGCCUCUGUUCAUUUUGCCCGGGAUGGUUCAUUGAGUGGUAACGCGCUGGCAGCCAGCGACGCGGUCGCGGCCUUGCGCUCCCUUUCCCCGAUAAGCAGCAGUCUUCACCUAAGAGGCAGCUUCAGUGCAGCUUACAGGACUGCCGGCCCCACCUCUGCACUGAGCAGGACCAUGACUGGCUCUGGGUUAGAUGCCCGAACCGUGAGUUCCGGCAGCAGUGCGUGGGAGGCUCAACUCACCAGUUUGGUCUUGUCAGAGUACGCCUCCACAGAGAUGAGCAUCCAUGCACUUUAUAUACACGAACUACACAAACAGCAGUCCCGUGGCGACGCGCUCUCCCGCCACACAUGGCAUAGGCAGGAGAGCGAUGAGAGCAGCGACAGCGUCCUGGAUGAAGUGAAAAGCGUUUCUGGCUCCCGCUAUAAAAACUUCCCUCGCUCGCACACCUUCCCCACCUCGGUGCCCAGUCCCAUUGCCAUCCCCUCUUCGGCUUCUGAAGGCGCUGCCGCCAGCCUGGAGGGGGCGUCAACGCAACAGAGUGGCGACCGGUGCCCACACAGCGAUGCUUUAGGUGCAGGGGGAAAGGUGACGAGGUCUGCCCGUGUGCCGAUGGGCGGCUGGGCAGAAGAACCGUAUCAGUCGGCACCACGCCGCCACGAGUCACUCCCAGAGGAGAGUUCUGAGGACGAGUUACCGCCGCACAUACACAAGGUUUGUUAGCUAAUACAUCGGCUCAACCAGUGGGUUUAUUCCCUUCAGAGACACCUGAAGACACUAGCCCUGGCUGGACCUUUUUCCUGGACUCUGAUACAAAGAAGAAUGUAGCAGAGCUGACCCUGAAAUAAUCAUUGGGGCUUAUUUUUUUUCUAAAAAUGAUCGCAGCGGGCUGGAUAACUGAUUAAUGAUACUGCUUUGGUUUUACGGUGCAGUCUUUGAGACACUAAAGGGAAAUUCAAAAGCGAGAUUUGUCUUUAAAGAGCGGAAAUAGGCGACACACAAAAGAUUAGGGGCUAUUCACAUUUCUGGUAAGAUUUGAGGAUGAACCUGCAAUGCAUGCUAACCUCUAUUAAUAAGAUUAGUUAUUUGACUUGUCUUAAAAAAAAUACACGUUCAUCUGUUUAACAUUUUAGUCACUUGGACCAUGUCACAAGAAGUAUUAGCUGCUCACAAUUUGACAUCAUUAGACAAAAACUUGGCCUCGCAAUGAACAGUACUUAAUAUUCGGAGAGGAAAAUUUGCCACUGAGCAUACAUACAAAUGGAUUUUAGUUUUGUCCUGAAUUCAACCUGAAAACUGAAUAUCCUGAUUUUUUUUUGUGAAUACACCAGUGUAUGUACAGUAGGCUAUACCACUAGAGAUGCAAUGUCUGCGGGCUGGACCUUGCUGGUUGAGCACCAAUUACGAUUUACAUUGUUUAAGUUAUGUGCUAAUUUAUAUAUAAGACCCAUUCUGAGCAAAGUUAAAAAAGCAAUUCAGCAACCAUUGUGAAUUGUGUGAAAAAUAUUGAGGUCAAAUGGCCCUUCUCAGCAUAAGUGCAUGACUUACAUCCAUAAUGGUUAAUAAAGAGAGCAGGUUAUUGUUUAGUUCAUUAUAACAUGACUCGAAAAGUCACCACUACACAAUUCUUGACGCACUUUAAUGACUUGUUGUGACCUAAGUUAGCAUGUGUCGACUGAAUGUUUACAUGAUUUAUUUUUUUAUCAUUGUGACUCACAAAUGGGAAGUGCCAUAAAAGUGACUGUCAAUCAAAUGAGAGGCUGGUAGUUCAAAGGCGUAGUGAAGAUUUUUUGUUGUUGUUGUCUAUAGUUGUAAAAUACAGUCUUGUACAGAUGUAAAAUCACACAUUAAAAUGCAAAACUCAA